UCAAAGCAACCGAUUAAUAGGACUCGUGUUUUCGAGAAAGUUCACCGUUAUUAUUUGCCCAAGCCUUAGUAUUUUUGUUUCAUUUUUUGGAAUAUCAUGGCGAAGUGGGGUGAAGGAGAUCCUCGUUGGAUCGUAGAAGAGAGAGCUGACGCAACAAAUGUUAACAAUUGGCAUUGGACAGAGAAAAAUGCUUCCAACUGGUCUAAAGACAAAAUUAAAAACCUCUUGACAGGUUUAAAAGUUGAAUGUGAUGAUGGCUGGUGUGAAAUAAAAGAGGUGACCAAGGUUGAAGGGGAGGCUUCAGCAAGUAACAGAAAAGCAAAACUAAUCUUUUUUUAUGAAUGGGAAGUGGAGGCUGAUUGGACAGGACAAUUGGAUGACAGUAAAACUAAAUAUAAAGGGACCCUAAAAAUACCUAACCUGAGCGAGGAGAAUGAUCCAAGUGACAUUGAUGUUAUAGUGACAGUUAAAAAUGAAUCUGAUGAAGCAUUUAAAGUGAAAGAAAUCCUUAGGAAGAAGGGGACUCCCAUGAUACAGGAGCAAAUAGCCAAAUAUAUUAAGGAUUUAAAAGUGGAGUUCAGUCAAGGAAUGAUCCUUCCUGCUAAGGGUGCAGUUGAAAAACCUAGAGUGCCAAGUCCUGCUACAACAAAUCUUGCCAAGCAAGAACUCUCCAAGCCGAUAAUGGGCGACUCCGCAAAACCAGUGGGUGUCAAGAUUCACACAAAGAAACUUACAGACAAACAAAAAUUUAAGUGCAGAGCAAGUGAUUUGUAUAGAGCUUUGACAGAAAAAGAGAUGGUUCAAGCUUUCACCAGGAAUUCUAUGUUAGCAUUUGAAGCAGAAAAAGGUGGAGGUUUUGUCUUGUUUGAUGGAUAUAUCUCUGGAACAUUUACAGACUUGACUCCACACGAGAGGAUAGAGAUGCGAUGGCGCUGUCAGAACUGGCCAGAUGAACAUUACUCUAAUGUAACUUUUGAAUUUAAAGAAGGGGAGGACGAGACUGUCCUUCAUAUUACACAGACUGGUAUUCCUUCCACGGAGUUUGAACGCACUAAAGAAGGUUGGGAGAGAUAUUACUGGGAAAGCAUACGACAGACAUUUGGUUUUGGUGUCAGGCUAAUAUGAUGGAAUAUCACAAGAAAUGUUUUAUAGUUAAAUUAUCAACUUCUUGAGUAAGACUUAUUACUAUAUAUCUUUAAAAAAUGGACAUUUGAAAAAAAAAGAACCUACUGAUAUGGUUGCUUAGAAAUAUCAUGGUCAAAUUACAAUGGCUAAAAAAUGUCCCAAGCUUAAGAUUACAUUUAUUGUUAGGGCCAUGAAGCACAUGUUCUGCCCCACGCCCCUUUCUACUGGUUACAUUAUCACCAGGUGGUAGUGUUUUAUCUAUGCUAUAAAUUGGCUUACUUUCCACACCAUUGAAGCAUUCUGACAGGGAGUGGAUCCAUUUGUAACCCAAUUUCACAAUGUAUGUUAUCAUUUUGUGCAUGGAUAAAAGUUUGCUAUAAAGUCACCAAGUUAAGCUCUGCUUCUACAAACUUUCAAAAAUGUGAAACCGUGUUCAAGAAGUGUCAAAAGUAUGUUAAUUUUUGUCAUUUCCAAGUAUUUAGUUAGAGAGAAGGAAUUAUAGUAAAGCAUCCUGAAAUAAUGCGAUAUAAACCAGAUUUCACUUUUUUUCUACAAGGAAAAGGAGAGGAGAUUAAGAUAUUGUGGAUAUAGUUUUGCCUUCUGUCCAAUUUAAAAAUUGAUCAGGAUAAAUAGUUUUAGAAAAAAUCAGGAAUAAAAAUGAAAUGCAUGAUAUUAACAUAUUAAAAGAGGUAAAUUGUUUACAAUUAACCUUGUCAAUGAUACUGAAACCAAGAAAAGUGAAGGUGGUUUUGAAUCCUACAUUUUAUUAGUUUUCCUUGAGUUUGAGAAACCUACUUGUGCUACAUAAACAUCUUGAUGUCUCCUUUUUUCACAUGUCAUAAUAAAAAAUGAUAUGAGAAAAAACUA